AGAUAUACUAGCCUUCGCAUUGGGCGCGGCUUUAGACAGCUCAAACUCGGCCACAAGUGGUCGUCGGACGCUCUACGCCGGGCAUCGUAGUCUCGCCAGUGCACAGGCCAUUGCCACCAUCGCUUUCCACGUGCCGAGCCGCGCAAGCGUCAGCACCACUGCAGCUCUCACUUGCCAGCUCUCCGCCGCCUCGCUGCGGUCGGCGCCGUGCACCGCACAACUCUCAAAUAACAAGAUGGCCUACGACGCCAUCCCGCAACAACCCACCGCCGAGACCCAGCCGCCGCGCAAGCGCCUACCUUUUGUUGACGGCUCGCGCGGGUUAGCGUCGCUCUGGAUCGUGUGCCAGCACUUCUUACCGCACUCGAGCGACGGCCCGUUGGUAAAGAGCCUCUGGCGGAGCAACUGCGCCGUGGACUACUUCAUCGUGCUGAGCGGUUUUGUGACGCACUGGGCGGCGCGCGGUAAAUUCUCGCAAUCGGCGAAUCGUUGGCCUGACGCCAAGCGCUGGUACGGGCGGCGCUUCGGCCGCGUGCUCCUGGCGGUGUGGCUGGCCAUGGGCGUGUCCGCUAUCCUAUUGUAUCUGGGUGGGAACGGCGACCUGGACGCGAUGCACCUGACGCUUUGUGCGUUUCUCGUAGAACCGUGGCGUUCUGUGUGGAAAUCAAAUGUCGGGCGCCCCACGCCAUCGACGCGACUUGAUUUCCACACAGGUGGCGGUCCCCGAACCGGUGGUGCCCCGACGGCCAGUCCUGGACGGUCGCGGCCCUUGCGCCGUCGUGGCUCCUCUAUCCGGUGCUCUACGACCCGUUCCUCUACGAGCGACGGCAUUUGAUGGUCGUGGCGGUCGUCCUCGCAAUCGUACCGUCUUUGAUAGCGUUGCUAUUCGUCUCCGGUGGCUUGAGAGCGGGCGCCUACUUCAACAAUUCCGCCCACACGGCGCUCUACCUCUGGCCGCCGGCGCAGUUGGCGGAUUUUCUGUUGGGUUGCGUCAGUGCCGAGCUCGCGGCUCGCUCGUCAAGAGAAAACACGGCUUGGCUCGCGGACGGCGCCGUCUUCAUCAUAACGCUCGCCGUGCUCCUCGUCCCGAACCCGCACUUGGACUACCGCGAGCACGGCGAGGUCCUGUACGACCACGGGCUAGCGCCGCUCUUCGCCGUAUUUCUGUGGGCGGCGGCGCGCGACACGGCCGCAGCCUCGAAAGCAUCAAAACUCUUUGCCCAUCCCGCUUUGUCAUCAAUCGGCAAGUGCUCCUUCGAGGUCUACCUCUUCCAGUGGCCCGUCCACGCCGUCUUCUACGGCCUCGGCCUGCCCACGAGCGAUCACGCGGAGAAUUUCGUGGCCUUCGCGUUGACGCUGUAUAUGCUGGCGGCGCUGUACGAGGUCCACGUCGAGCGGCCUUAUGUGCGGUGGCUGCGCGAGCGCUUCGCCGCGCCGCCAUUACGGACGGCGUCGCAGUCGUCGCUCGCGGCGUUCUAGGCGUCGCCGUCCUGUAUCUAAGCUAAUCUGUUGUUACUUA